GGUCCCUACAUAAAACUCCAAACCCGGUUCUCAUAUCAGCCACCAGACACAACGCCUUCUACGUGUACAAUUCCGCAACCACUUUUAUCAUUUAACUAAUCUUUUUUUUUCUUUUACUUUACCAAAUCUAAAAAAAAUCAUUCACACCACCACCAUCACCACAAUCCACAGCCACAAUAUAACUCUAACUACGCAAAAAAUCAUACUCUUCUUUCUUUUCUCUUCCAUAUUCCCUUAUCUCCCACAAACCAAACCAAAAUGGGUCCAAUCGUGUUAACUCAGCUGGCCACCGGUCUCAGCGUCCUUGCCGGAGCGGUUCUCGUCAAGUCAGUCAUGGACAACAACCCCAACACCAUGGCCGGAUCCUUCCCUCGCUGCCCUUCUUGCAACGGAACCGGCCGGGUCACCUGCAUCUGUUCCCGUUGGUCCGAUGGCGACGUAGGGUGCCGAACAUGCGCCGGUUCUGGUCGCAUGGCUUGCAGCAGUUGUGGUGGAACCGGAACCGGCCGACCUAUACCAGCUAGGAUUGCGAUGGGAAUUUGUUGUGCAAGUGUUGGCCUCUGUCCUAUGAUUAUUUUGGUUGUGGAUUGGAAUAUGGAAGGAAAUUAUUUUAAUGUGAUGUGUCAAGUAUGUUAUGAUACUUGGAGUGAUGUGCAAAACCUUAAAUUAAAGGACAGAGCUUUUUCCAUUUGAUGCUUAUGCUAUCAAUUUCUCUUAGCAUGUCUUAACUGCACACUUUUGCAUAUCUUUCUCUUCAAUAUUUUAACCAACUUGCCACUAUAGCAACUUGCAUUGGUCAAUCCUAGAGUUAAUAACCGAUCAAUAAACAGUAGUCCGUUGUAUGUCGGAGGAGAAAUUUCUUGUCCAAUUACUGAACAUACUACAUUCAUGUUAGUUCAGUUAUAUGACACGUGAAAAAUGGUUGAAUCGUUUCAUAAUGAAAUUUCAAAUAAACUAAAUGUACUGUGUUACUUAAUAGUACUGUAGAAAGCACCUACAUAUGAAGAACCAAUCAGAGUUACUUGUACAUGGAAAUCGGUCGGCAAGUUCAACCCA